AUGUUUUAUGAUGAAAUCAAAGCAAGUAAGAAAGGUAAAAGUAGGUAUAUUUUUACAUUCUCACCAAAUCAUAUUAUAGAACUGAUAAACCUCGCCCUUUAAUGCCACAUCUUAAUUAAUUUAUUUAUUAAAGGCAAAACCGCCUGUACAGGAUUCCUAAUUUAAACAACAAGGAAUUAUUAUUCUCUUAGGUACACGGCAAGGAGGAAUACUAGUCAACUUGAGUCAGAUGGGGAAUCAGUCGCCACAAAAAAGUCGUCUUACGUUCGAUGAUACCACCACAGGAAAAUUGGUCGUUACCUCAGGUCGCUCAUUCGACAAUUCUAUAUAUAUAGCAAUGGCACGCGCAGGUUUUGUAUGUGGUCCAGUAGACGAGUAA